UUCCAAUGAGCAGUCACAACUAGUGCUGAGCGUUUGUUGGUUAGUGUGGAUUACACGUCUGCAGGAAUCAUGGAAGAUCGGUCGCAAAGUAUAAAUACCGGAGAUAUUUACGAUACAAUUAAGGUAAAACUUAAAUCUGAGCCCAUAGAUUUAGUGCGCUUGGACGACGUUAGGGAGAAUUGUGCUGUUUGCGGUUGCGGGGAGGGGGAAGAAAUCCGCGCGUGUUGCUGUACCUCUAAUACCCAAACUCUAGCUCAGAGCAGAGCCGCGGCAAGUAUACCAAGUGUACAUCACCAUGCACAAAGUAUGGCCCAAGAUUUAAGUCUACGGCGGCGACGGGACACGGAGGAUGACGACCGGGUUCACGAUUCCCUCACAACCUCCCAACUCAGCUCCUCUAGUAGUAAACUUAGCGAACAGCGCACACUUAGACUGUCCCCAGACUCGGGGUCCCCGGGCUGCCAGUCUCCGGGGACACAGUCUGACCAUUCCUCGGAGGAGUCGCGUGGUUCCAGUGCCGCACUCCAAGACAUUGGUGUUAAUGAGGACGGGGGUGAGGAGGAAGAGGAGGAAGAGGGGGAUCAGCAGCGAGAUGAGGAGGAUAUAUCCGACCCCCCUCAGAGAUUUACCGGCUUUUUCAUCAGAGACAUUAUGCAGCCUGAGUUUGGCCGCAAAAAGGACUUGAAACCACAAUUUCUCGUGGGCCAUCAUCAUUUAUAUAAUAAUAAUAAUAAUAAUAUUAGUAACCAGGUACAAAUCUCUCAAUCUCAGGAUGUGCACAAUACCACGACCACACAUCACGGUCUACAGACACAACAAAAACAAGCGCAGUUGCAGUCUCUGAAACAGCAAAGGGCGUCGGUGUCGGACGAGUCCCCGGGCGAGGACAGUCCUGACCAGAAGGCGGACGGGUCGCCCCCUCUAUUGUGGCCAGCGUGGGUCUAUUGCACCAGGUACUCCGACCGCCCCUCCGCAGGUAAGCGACCGAGGUCUAGAAAGUUGAAGAAGAGAGAGCGCAAGCCAGAAGAAAAACGCCCUCGCACCGCUUUCACCAAUGAGCAACUAGCCAGGUUAAAAAGGGAGUUUGAAAUGAAUCGAUACCUCACGGAGGAGCGGCGUCAGAAACUAGCGCGUGAGUUAAACUUAAACGAAUCCCAGAUAAAAAUCUGGUUUCAGAACAAACGGGCAAAGAUCAAGAAGUCUUUGGGGCACAGGAACGGUCUUGCUCUCCAUCUGAUGGCCCAGGGCCUUUACAAUCACUCCACAGUGGCGGUUGAUGAGGGAGAAUGAGGCUGUGACGUCAUGAUGUGGGAAACCUGUACAAAGUGACGUCAUAGCGCGGGAAAACGAGCAACAGUGACGUCAGAGUUGAACAGACUCCACCGUGUCAACAUGGCUGACAUUGCCGACCAUUGCCGUGCUUUUGUGGCGAGCACUGCUAUCCGUUCAUUCAUCUGACAGGUACAUGGCCCAACAUCGUCUGGGUGUGAUUCUCAGAAAUUCUCGGAUAUGGACCCAGGGUCCAAAACUGUCCUCCAAAUGACGGGGAAAGCGAACGUUUUAGAUUCCAAGCCUAAGAGACACUUUCAAGAUAAAUGGCAUAGUAUCGGAUGAAACAUCUGUAAAAAUGUACAUGUUUCUGUUUGUGAGGAUAGGAAAAACCCGACCUUUAGAGCGCCGUUGCCAUGUCGACGAUAUCCAUAUUCAGACAUUUUACAGCAGAUGACUAUUUAGAAGGAGAACCUCGUGUGUCCUCGGCAUCUCGUUCAAACACAUUUUACAAGAUGGACAUUUGUCAACUCUUCAGUACGCUUCUAAUAAUUCAACCCAGUACUGUCAACCCUCGUGACAGAACGACGCGUACUCAUGAACCUUGUAAACACCCAAGAAUUUCCGUGCAGCUGUACUUUUUCCAUUGUAUUCCAUCGUACCAUAGUGCGAUAGAGAACAGGUACCCUUUAAAAAAACUUUUGUCAAAUUUCAUUAUAAACGGACAAUAUUGUCGCAUGCAUGAAAACACAGUAACUGGUUUCUGUUUUAUUUUGUAUUCCUUUUUCAAAAAGCCAAUUCCAAACUUAUACAAGGUUUUUAAUCAACUGAAUCGUUUUUAAAACACGUUGUAUAGUGGUGCCAAUGGAUUGUACGUUAAAAUGAUUUUUUUUUCUAUAACUAAUAUGACUUUGUGCGUUAUUGUGGUGGAAAAUUUAGUUGAAUGAUAAGUUUAUUGUAAUGAUUAUUUAAGAGUUGUUUUUACCGCAAAAUGGCAUGAACGUAUCAAAACUUCGUGUUACCAAACUGAAAAAAUUAAAACACUGGCUUUUAAUGGUUUCCUAUAAUAAUUGGUCUGCUAUUGCCCAUUUUAAAAUUAAUUUGAUAAGAAAAUUAAAACGGCACAUUUAUUCUUCUUUUCUGUGCCAUUAUGAAGAUAACAUAAUCCUUCGAUUUGAGUUCAAGUCACUGUACUACUACAUGGAGAGCUUCAAAUACGGGUUGAUGUACAUGUAUGUGUUUGAUGUAUAUAAAUAAGCUGAAAUAUAUCCGUAUUAAAUUUUGUUUCUUUGUCAAUGAGCAGUAUUGGUGAUUAACGGUAUUUCUACAUGUAUAUACAACUGAUUUUCAUGUUAUUUCAUUAAAUUUCAUUUUGUCUUUUUUUAAAGACUUCGUGGCUUCUAUUUUAACUUCAUUGCUCCAUGGUCUUCCCUCUCUCUCUCUCUCUCUCUCUCUCUCUCUCAGUUCGCCGUCGUUUCACUUGAAAUACAUGAAAUGCAAGAUUUAUAAGUUUAGAUAAAACACUAACAUGUAGUUUAAAAAACAGC